UAUCAUGAUGUCAUUAGAAGGCGCCAUUUGAACUCUGCGGAAUUUGUUUUGAUGGAGCUCGACGUACUGGAAAUUGUAAACAACAACGAAUGCGGCCACUUGAAAGAUAGUAGUCUAAAGACAAGGUAAACGAUGGACGAAAUCAACCUCCAUUACCGCUUUAUGAACUGGAGGCGGAGGAUACGGGAGGUGCGGGCCGUGCGGUACCUCGAGCGGUUCAAGAGGAUGAUGAGGGAUGGAGAAGUGCUCAGUUACCAAGGCAACUCUGAUGAUGUUGGCUGCUACGUGGCUCCAAGGCCGUUAUCCAAAGGAAACUGCUACUUUGAGGUGACCAUCAUUGACACAGGGGUGAGGGGAAUGAUUGCUGUUGGCCUGGUGCCUCAGUACUACAAGCUGGACCAUCAGCCUGGCUGGCUCCCGCACUCACUGGCCUACCACGCUGAUGAUGGCAAGCUGUACAAUGGGAACACUAUUGGACAGCAGUUUGGUCCCAAGUGUAACCGUGGCGAUCGUAUUGGCUGUGGGAUCUACCUAGAGGCAUUCGAGGAUGGACAAACGACGGUCUUCUUCACCAAAAAUGGAAAAGAAGUGGGCACGGUGGUGGUCCCAGCGUCUCCAGAGGCGCUCUACCCGGCCGUGGGGAUGCACUCCCUGGGGGAGGCGGUGCAGCUGGACCUGCAAGCGGAGUGGGGGAUGGAGAAGGAAGACGGACUGAUGAUAGUGGACAGCCACGAGGACGAGUGGGGGCGUCUCCAUGACGUCAGGGUCACCGGCUCGUUGUUGGAGUACGUGGGUAAAGGGAAAAGCAUCGUGGAUGUGGGUUUGGCCCAGGCCCGUCUACCCCUCAACACACGCUGCCACUACUAUGAGCUGGAGAUCACUGAUGCAGGAGAGAAGUGCUACAUCGCCCUGGGACUGGCACGCAGGGGUGCACCCCCAUUAAAUGUGACUCAUCUUCAGAUCUUAUCAGCUACAACACUGGGCCUUUGUUGGGGUUUCUGUUGGAUCACCUGGGGGCUCAAUGAAGCAUUGGAUUACCCCAAAAACAGACACCCUGGCUGGAGCAGGGGCUCCAUAGCCUAUCAUGCAGAUGAUGGGAAGCUCUUCCAGGGUAGUGGGGUGGGGGAUGCCUUUGGCCCUCGCUGUUUUGAGGGGGACGUCAUGGGCUGUGGCAUCAUGUUCCCACGGGACUACAUCCUGGACAGUGGAGAUGACAGUGACGACGGGGACUCGGAGUUGUGGCCUAAGCAGCGGCGUGUCCAGAACGACCUCUAUAUGAACGAUGAAGACGAGGAGAAGGAUGGGGAGGAACUGGAGGGGGAGCAGGAGGGGAGGAAGGUCGUGGUGUUCUUCACACGGAAUGGGAAGGUGGUGGGCCGCAAGGAGGUGGCAGUGCCAGCAGGGGGGUUCUAUCCUACCAUCGGCAUGAUGAGCACCGGGGAAAAGGUCAGGGUGGACCUGCACCCCCUAAGCGGGUGAGAGGAGAGGGGGAGGAUGGAGUGAAGAGAGUAGGGACAUGACCAGAGAGAAGUGGCUCCAACACAGACAGACGCACACACACCACAAACUCGGAGGACAGGGCCAGCUCCAGGCAUAAGCGGUCGCUUAUGGCUCCAAGCCACUAGGGACCCCCCACCCCAAAAAAAAUGUGGUUGUGCAUCAGCAAUUUUUCUCUUGGUAUGUCAGUCACUGACAGUCACUCAAUUAACCAUGUCAGCUAACUGUUUUUAGAUUGGUAAAUUAUUCUAGCCAGCUAUCUAAACUUGUAGUAAUCAUGGUCGAAUACUGACAGGUCACACAGGAUGCAUGCCCAGAGGCCCAUUGCUUUUGUUAGUCACUUUCACUCAGAUAUCAUUAACAUGGCAAAAUGUGAAGAAUUACAGGAAAUUAGCUUUAAAACUGCAAAAAAAAAUCUCUGCCCCGUGGCAAAAUGGGCAGAAUUGGCCAACAAAAUCUUGCUUAGGGCCCCCAAAAGGCUAGAGGCCCUGUCGGGAGGAUGGACGAUAUGAUGCUAGACCAAUAUGGGAGUUUGUUUGGAGUCACUCCAAACAAACUCAGUGCAGUAUCCUCUUCCAGCAUGUUGUCUGGGAAGUCCCACCUCAGUCUAGUUUACUCUGGGUUGACUCCUAUCAGUAGAGGAAACUCAUGCUACUAGAUAGUAUGAGGAUUAAUAUUAUUCAAAGCUGAUAUGUCAAGACUAUACUGUAUGGGUGCCUCAAAGUGCUUACUUUUAUCAUGUCAAUAGAAAAUGCUAGAACCAGUUUAAAGAGACGCUGGACCAAUCCCAGGUCUUUAGCAACAAUCAUUCAAGUCUUAUUAGUUCAACUAUAUUUUGAGAUUAUUAAAGGAAUGCAUUCAAAAUGCUGAAAAAAUUUAAUCCACAGACUAGAAAUCCAACUCUCAGGUAUGCCAAAAUCCAAAUGAGGAUGUUGAGUUAUGUCAUUUUUUUGUAAGACUAUGAUAAUGCCAUAUCCUUUUAUCACAAGCACUUUAUUGUAGAUGUACUGUUUUAUGAUGCAUUACUACAGGCAUUUCCGAGGCUUUUUGUUUAACAUGUCUAUCUAUGUUCCUUCUCUUUUGGGUUCAUUUAUAUUGUUAAAUGAAAUACUUAGCAAUGUGCUGAUUGAUUGUAUUUUAUGAUAAAAAAAACUGAAGAUCAUGCACUAACUGUUCCUGACCAAGUGUCAUUUGAUUUCAUAUUAGUCACCAAUUAGGUUAAUUUAAUCAUUGAUAUGAGUCACCUCUAAAUUGUGAACUUGUAUGCAAUGUUUAUAAAUAAAGAUGAGUAUCUAUUUAUAUA